AUGUUAUCGCCGUCGCCUCCACUCUCCUCACUAUGCCGCCGCCGCCGCAGGAUGUGCUUCCUCCUGAGCAUCCUCUUCCUGCUGUCCUCCGCGUGCAGCAGCCUGGAGGAGGAGGCGAAGGCCCUUAGAGUCGGGAACGAGCUGGUGGGAGAGACUAUGCCGCUUCGCCGCGGCCGGAGGUUCUACAGGCUCGCCGGCCUGCGGCCGCCCGCGUGGUACGAAAUCAAGAUCUCCUACCCGACCUCCAUACCAUCCAGCUUUUCGAUUCGGAUCGUGAACGAUCCUCAUGCUGUGGAGGAAUGGGGGAGUAAGAACAGGAGGUUGUUGAACACGGAGAAGAUGAUUUUCAAGGCUGAGAGCACCAAGCCGGUGUAUGUUCUUGUCACGGUGGAGCCUGAGGGCGUGGUUGCAAAACCAAAUGUUCCAGAGAGAGAGCUUGCCCUGUUCAAUAUUGUUUGUGACGAACUUGUGCUUGGUAUCCCGCAUUUUGCCUGGUGGAUUGGAAUUGCAGCACUUCUCUGCAUUGUGUUGGCAUCAGUUGCACCUUAUUUCCUCCCGAUGCACAAGCUACUUAUCUAUGAACCUGCACAGAGUAGCGAUGUUGAUGCAGCUAAGCUUUCGUGAUAGACUGAGACGUGAUGCCUGAAUGUUCAGUUUCACAUAGCAGGCUUCAUCAACAUAUACCUUACUCUUUUUUGUUUCUGUCUUUUUGCUUUCUAUUAGUUGCAGACUGCAGUUGUACAAGCAUCUCAUGGUCAUUAUGACUGUAACCUAGAGUUCGAAGCGAGAUGCAUCAUUUCAAUUUUGUACGGUUACCUCAUCAAUGAAAUUAAUUUAGGUUAUGAUA